CUGUGUCUCAGUGGGCGGUCUCUACGCACCAGGAUGAAAGGCCUAUUUCUAUUGGCCAUUCUCGAUUGAAGUGACAGGUUGACCACGCCCACUACGCUUUCCCGCCACUGCCGCCAGUCUGACAGAAGAGCGAGCUUCUAGCAGCAAUGGCCAGCAACCGCUCGUUUACUGGGACUACGUGGUGGCAGAUUUUACAGAGAGUACGAGCAGACCAAGGGGUGGAGAAUGUAGACAUUGCUCAGUGCAUGUUUACUGUGCGAGGAACUGGCCGUGGCAGCUUUAUUGCUGGCAAAAGUGUGCAUAACCAGAGAAUAUGCAAUGAUUUGCAGCAUUUCACAGAGAUGUGGAACAAUCAUCCGCUGCGAACGGAGGGAAAUUUGUCACCCAAUCAGCUUUGGAAUAUUGGGAUGUUGCAAGCACCUGUGUCAGAGCCUGAUUUUGCAGAGAUCUUACAAGCUGAGGACUUCCAGAAUCCACAGACUGUUGACUCUGAGCAUGGAGUCAUUGUCCCAGAGAUACCUUGCCCCUUGUCACCUGAAGAUCUUGCUACUCUACAGAAUCAAGUGAACCCCGCUGCUGAGUCCACUUGUUUUGGUUAUGACAUCUACUUACAAGCACGUGAAUUAGCUUUAAAUUUAAUGUCUCAAAUCAGGGGUGUCAAACUCAGUUCUUGGAGGGUCGCAGCCCUGCAGAGUUUUGUUCCAACACACAAAGCAUGUAGUUUUCAAAUAAGCCUGAAGGACUUAAUUAGUUGGAUCAGGUUUGUUUUAAAUGUGAUUUAUUAA